UUAAAAAAAGAAAUAAUGGUUCUUGUCUGCUUGCCCUCCUCCUUCAUCCUAGACAAAGAACAGGCUAAAACAUACUUCGAUCUUGAGAAACUUGUCCAGCACAAGCCAUAUGUGCCUCCCAAGAAAGAAGUUUCUGCAGCGACAGCCGUCGCUGCAGCUGAAACCGCCGCUGAUCCAGUGCUUGGGGUUACUGUCACAGCUUCAACAACAGAAUCCAUACCUGUUGUUGAAACAGUCUCUGAAUCUGUCCCAGUAGCAGAAGCUGAAUUUGUCACUGAAUUGGUUGCUGAAACUGUACCAGUGGUUGAGGUUGUUGCAGAAGCUGUUGCUGAAGUUGUACCAGUGAUGGAAGCCAUUGCAGAGGCAACUGCAUCUGUUGCUGAAACUUCUGCUACUGCGCCAGAAGAGCUUGCUCAAGCUGCUCCCAUUGAAGCAGUACCUUCAAUUGCUGAAGCUCCUGCUGAAUCAGCACCAGCCCCUGAAGCCCCUGUGGCUGAAGCUGCUCCUGUAGAAGAGGCCCCAGUGCCUGUGGCUGAAGCUGCUCCUGUAGAGGCGGCCCCAGCGCCUGUGGCUGAAGCUGCUCCUGUAGAAGAGGCCCCAGCGCCUGUGGCUGAAGCUGCUCCCGUAGAAGUGGCCCCAGCACCUGUGGCUGAAGCUGCUCCCGUAGAAGCGGCCCCAGCACCUGUGGCUGAAGCUGCUCCCGUAGAGGCGGCCCCAGAGUCUGUGGCUGAAGCUGCUCCCAUAGAAGUGGCCCCAGAGUCUGUGGCUGAAGCUGCUCCAGUAGAUGCUGCCCCAGCGCCUGUGGCUGAAGCUGCUCCUGUAGAUGCGGCCCCAGCGCCUGUGGCUGAAGCUGCUCCCGUAGAAGAGGCCCCAGUGCCUGUGGCUGAAGCUGCUCCCGUAGAAGAGGCCCCAGUGCCUGUGGCUGAAGCUGCUCCCGUAGAAGAGGCCCCAGCACCUGUGGCUGAAGCUGCUCCCGUAGAAGCUGCCCCAGCACCUGUGGCUGAGGCUGCUCCCGUAGAUGCGGCCCCAGCACCUGUGGCUGAAGCUGCUCCCAUAGAAGCAGCGCCCGCGGCUGAGGCAGAUGUCAUAGAUGCGGCCCCAGCGCCUGUGGUUGAAGCGGAUGCCAUAGACGCGGCCCCAGCACCCGUGGUUGAAGGGGAUAGCGUGGACAUGGCCCCUGCGGCCGAAGCUGCUCCCGUAGAAGUGGCCCCAGUGGAGGUUUCUGCCUCUGUAGAAAGUGCUGAAGAGCUGGUGGACCCUGCUCCAGUCGUAGCUGAAGCUGCAGGAGAGGAACUGCAGGUGGAAGCCCCAGCUGAACCAGUUGAACCAUCUGAGGCUCCAAUGGACCCCAUUCAGAAGCUUUUCCUGGACUCCAUACGCGAGUACUCGACAAAAAGCCAGGCUGCUGGGGGGCUGGUUGACGCAGGUUCAGAAUAUGAGAAGGCUUUAGCAGAGGAGAUUGCAAAGCUUCAAAGACUUUAUGGUGGUGGAAACAUAACAUCUUUCCCAGAGUUUAAAUUCACAGAGCCCAAGUUGGAUGAAGUUUCCCAGAAGUGAACAUCAGCACUUUGCAAUGAACCUUUUCUACGCACACCUGUUUCCUGUACAUCUCCAUAGUGAAACAUUAAAUGUCUGCUUACUGUCAAGUUGCAUCAAACCCUUGAAUCUUGCUUUGUAUGUCAGACUAGAGCUGUUUCAAUGACUAGAUAUGGAAGCUAAAGUAUUGCAUAUUUAGCAGACAAAGUGCAAGUGAGCUGUGACAUAAACUUUGUGUAGAUUGAUUCGUGUCUGAGCUUAGUAUAAGAAAAACAUUAAAUUCCAUUUCAUAUCUAUUGUC